CACCCCCUCCCCCUCCUCUCCUAGGCGUCCUCGGGGUCGGAAGCGCCGGAGCAGGAAGAUCCCGAGGCGGCCGGGCCUGCGAGGGCCGGGGAGGGGGGCGGCUGAUGGGCCUCCCUGGAGCCGGGUGCUGAGCGGCUGCGGAUCCGGGGAGUUCAGGGCUAGAGGCAAGGCAAGAUGGUGGACCGGGACAGUAGCAAUGCCACGUUAGCGCCACCCUUGCCGCCCAACAUCACCGUCCCGCACCGAUGCUUGCUUCUGCUCUAUGAGGACAUUGGCACUUCCCGGGUUCGGUACUGGGACCUGGUGCUGCUAAUCCCCAAUGUGCUGUUCUUCACUUUCCUGCUCUGGAAGCUGCCAUCAGCUCGGGCCAAGAUACGCAUCACCUCCAGCCCCAUCUUUACCACUUUCUACAUCCUGGUGUUUGUGGUGGCCCUGGUGGGCAUAGCUCGGGCUGUGGUCUCCAUGACAGUCAGUACCUCGGAUGCAGCCACGGUGGCCGAUAAGAUUCUGUGGGAAAUCACUCGCUUCUUCCUUCUGGCUAUUGAAUUGAGUGUGAUCAUUCUGGGCCUUGCCUUCGGUCAUCUGGAGAGUAAGUCCAGCAUCAAACGAGUCUUGGCCAUCACCACAGUUCUGUCCCUGGCCUACUCAGCCACUCAGGGAACCUUGGAGAUCCUAUACCCUGAUUCCCACCUCUCCGCUGAUGACUUCAAUAUCUAUGGGCACGGUGGCCGCCAAUUCUGGCUCGCCAGCUCCUGUUUCUUCUUCCUGGUCUACUCACUCGUGGUUAUCCUUCCCAAGACGCCUCUGAAAGAUCGGAUCUCACUGCCAUCCCGGAAGAGCUUCUAUAUUUAUGCUGGGAUCCUGGCCCUGCUGAACCUGGUCCAGGGCCUGGGCAGCGCCCUGCUCUGCGUGGACAUUAUCGAGGGCCUGUGCUGUGUGGACGUGACCACCUUCCUCUACUUCAGCUUCUUUGCCCCCCUCAUCUAUGUGGCGUUCCUCAAGGGCUUCUUUGGGGCGGAGCCCAAAAUUCUGUUCUCCUACAAAUGCCAAGUGGAUGAGGCAGAGGAGCCUGAUAUGCACCUGCCCCACCCGUAUGCUGUGGCCCGCCGGGAGGGACUGGAUGUACCUGUGGGCUCUUACUCCAACACUCAGAUUGACACAGCCGCCUAUUUGGACGAUGUAGCUUCCAUGCCUUGCCACGUGGGCAGCAUCAACAGCACCGACAGUGAACGCUGGAAGGCCAUCAACGCCUGAGCCCUCUCUCCCUGGGCCUCUGCCUUCCUUUGCCCCAGAAGGGGUUUGAGGUCCAGCAGGUCCAAGCUCCCUAGCUCCUUCCUCACCGAGACCAGCCCUAACCCCGGUCACAGGCAUUGAGCCCCAGAUCUGAUUACCUGCUCCCUGUCUUAAUCAUUCUGGCUGGUGGGCACAACCACUUCCCAGGGAUCCCCUGGGAGGGAAGGGGAGGCAAGGCAGAAAAAUUCCCCAAAGGCAGGGAUAAUGCCACCUGACACAGGACAUCUGCAGUGGGCCUAGCAUCUCCAUGCCAAUCACAUGGCAUGGGAGUGUUUGGGAAGCCUUUGCUUAAAGGAGAGGAGAUGAAGCUGAGUAGGGAAAGAGGUUAGGAGAUUGGGAGAGGGCAAAAGUCAGGCGAAGGGUACAGGGGUCAUGGAUGGCAGAAGUCUAGGACAGAGCUGGCCAAAGUGAAGAGGAGAAAAAAGCCAAGUGGGAAGGAAGCCCAUUGCCACUGGGGGCUUGGGCCUUCCGAGAAUGGACAGAGGAGGAGGCCAGAGCCGGCUGGACUUGAGCCAACCUAUUUGGGGCAGAUCUCCCCAUGCUGCUAAACACAGGGCCAUUGGGUAGCUAAGACCUCCAGAAAGCUUUGCCUUUUCAGAUCUGCAAACUAGGCAGAGCAGGCUCUAUGUGGGGACUACAGGUGGCAGCUUUGUGAUCAGUGGAAAUAGUGGGCUGGGUCUUGAGGGAUUUCUUCAUCUCCUCUCUUCUCCUUCCUGAUUGAGAGAAGAAUCUAGCCAACUCCUGACUCAGACGAGUUAGUGGGAGUUGGUGUGUGCAUGUGUGUGCUUGUGGUGAAGAACCUCUUUGGGCAUGUGCCCUGACCUUCAAGGGCUAUUGUACAGAUCAGACAGAUUUGGGCCUCCCCUUUUCCCUGCUCUAAGGGAGGGUAUACAGUGUGCUUCCCACAGUGUUGAUGGGGACCCUCGGGCCUUGGAAGAUGGAAGAAGUGUUUGUUAGAGGAAACUUCUUGGGCCUGAGGGUGUAGAACCUGACUUGGUUAGAGCUGGGACUCUCAUCUUGCCUGGGCAUUGUGUUGAGGUCAGAGUGAGGAGGGCAUGUGCCAGGCUGGAGACAGACUCAGAGCUUGCCCUGCUAGCUUGAAUGGUUAUUUCCAAAUCUUUGUGGACCUAUUAGGGCUGGCUCUGCUCCUCUGAAGGAGCAGUUCAGGAGGUAUCUUUCCUACCUCUCCCCUCCUCCUCACCCCCAUCUCUGGUUAAGAAACCUAAAGGCCCCUAGAUCCUGCUGCUCUGUCUCUCCUCCCCAGUGCAUAGAGAUGGCAGGUCAGCCUCAGCCUGGGGGACCAUCUACUCCCUAAAGAAGCUCCCAGCCACCACGGGCCCAAUCCCCCCAGCCUCUUUCCCCCACUGUCUGCCGCAGCGUUCGGGCAGAAGGAGCUCUUGUAUAGAACCGCUAAGUUGUGCAUAUCUUACUGUUCUUUGUUUUUAAAAGAAGAAUUAAGAAUAAGGGGGAAAACAGGCUUUGACUGGUGUGGCAUUUUGUCAGUAAUAACUCCUUGGUCAGGAAUCUUGGUGCUGCCUGGCCUUGGGUGCUGGGAGGGCCUGGAUGGGACAAGCCAGCUGUGCGGCCUCUGCUAGAAGGAUAGCUGGCAUUUGUAGAGCACUGUAAGGGCUGAUCAGAUCCCCACGACAACCUUACAGAAGAAGAAAGUGAAGCACCGAGCUUAAGCGUCUGGGGCAGGACUUCAGCUCCGGCCUUCCGUUUCCAGCGCUCCGUUCACAUGCCACCUCUUGGACAGGAAGAGGACAGUUGUGGUUUGGGAUGAGGGACUGCCUACCACUGCUGGGUGUAUGCUUGGUGUCUCUGGUGGAUCAUGAAGAGACACUCCCCAGGCUUGGAGCUUGCCUUUUGUGAUCUGGGCUUCAGGUACCUGGAUGCAAUGAGGGAGCUUGGCCAUGACUCAGGGAGCCGAGAGGGAGGGGAAAGGGGGGCGGUGCCAAUUGGUCUCCAUAAACCAAUAGAUUGAAGGGU